CCUCGUCCCCGAGGUGUGCGUGUUAUCUCCUUGAAGAGCUGGAAAAGCCUGGGGACCUAGAGGAGCUUGUGGAGUUAUUGGAGGAGGAGAACGAAGCCAUGGGGAGCGGGGCCAGUGCUGAGGACAAGGAAAUGGCCAAGAGGUCCAAGGAGCUGGAGAAGAAGCUCCAGGAGGAUGCGGAUAAGGAGGCCAAGACAGUCAAGUUGCUGCUGCUUGGGGCUGGAGAGUCAGGGAAGAGCACCAUCGUGAAGCAGAUGAAGAUCAUCCACCAGGACGGUUACACGGAGGAGGAGUGCAUGGAAUUCAAGUCCAUCAUCUACGGGAACAUCCUCCAGUCCAUCCUGGCCAUCAUCCGCGCCAUGUCCACACUGGGCAUCGACUACGCCGAGUCCUCCUGCGCGGAUGAAGGCCGGCUGCUCUUCAACCUGGCUGACUCCAUCGAGGAGGGCACGAUGCCCCCCGAGCUGGUCGCCUGCAUCAAGAAGCUGUGGAAGGAUGGAGGGGUUCAGGCGUGUUUUGACCGCGCUGCCGAGUAUCAGCUCAACGACUCAGCCGCGUAUUACCUGAACCAGCUGGACAGGAUCACAGCCCCCAACUACCUCCCCAACGAGCAGGAUGUGUUGCGAUCUCGAGUGAAGACCACAGGGAUCAUCGAGACCAAGUUCUCUGUCAAAGACCUGAAUUUCAGGAUGUUCGACGUGGGAGGGCAGCGCUCAGAGAGGAAGAAGUGGAUCCACUGCUUUGAGGGGGUGACCUGCAUCAUCUUCUGCGGGGCCCUGAGCGCCUACGACAUGGUGCUGGUGGAGGACGAUGAAGUGAACCGGAUGCACGAAUCCCUGCACCUAUUCAACAGUAUAUGCAACCACAAGUUCUUUGCCGCCACGUCCAUCAUCCUCUUCCUCAACAAGAAGGACCUUUUUGAGGAAAAGAUUAAGAAAGUCCAUCUCAGCAUCUGCUUCCCAGAGUAUGAUGGUCCAAACACAUUUGAGGAUGCAGGGAAUUACAUCAAGACCCAAUUCCUGGAUCUCAACAUGCGGAAGGACGUGAAGGAGAUCUACAGCCACAUGACCUGUGCCACAGACACGCAGAACGUCAAGUUCGUCUUUGACGCUGUCACAGACGUGAUCAUCAAAGAGAACCUCAAGGACUGCGGCCUCUUCUGAGCACCAGCAGGAAGAACCCCUGUUCUCAGCGUUUUACAGGAGGCUUGACAGCAGAGAGCACAGCCAGGAAUAGGAAUAUUGAG